CAUCAACUUGAUUCACUAAUUAUGACAGGCAUUCAACUUAUCUCGACUAGUGCAAUCCAAGCAAGAAAUCAUGGUGGUGACAAAUCAACUCACAAAAUUAUCCAUUUAACUCCAUGGGAUCUAGGAUUACUCAAAAUAGAUCCAAUCCAACAAGGCCUUCUUUUCCAUAAACCUAAAACCAACCAAAUCCAACAUCUUAAACAAACACUUUCCUCCACUCUCCAUUUCUUUCCACCCCUCGUUGGUCGUCUUGUAAUAUCUCAACACGAUGAACAUAACAAUGCCUCAUGUUCCAUCAUUUGCAACAAUGCUGGUGCGUUGUUUGUCCAUGCCAUAGCAGAAAACACAACCAUUGCUCACAUCCUUCGACCCAACUAUGUUCCUCCCAUUGUUCACUCAUUAUUUCAUCUCAACGGAGUUAAAAACUACAAAGGUACAUCACAACCAUUGCUUGCAGUUCAAGUAACAGAGUUAAUUGAUGGUAUCUUCAUUGGUAUUGAAAUGAACCAUGUGGUUGUAGAUGCCAAGUCGUUUUGGCAUUUCGUCAAUUCUUGGGUUGAAAUCUCACAUGGUUUCAAUAAACCAACAAAAAUCCCUUCUUUCGAACGUUUCUUUCCAAACAACAUUAACCAUCAUCCCAUACGGUUUCCUUUCACAAAGGAAACACAAAGUCAACAAUUUGAAGUAUCACAUCCUCAUCGAAUCUUCCACUUCACAAAGGAACAAAUUCUGCAACUCAAAUCAAAAGCUAAUGCAGAAAUUAGUAGUAGUUGCGGUGGUGAUAAAAUAAUAAUAUCUUCAUUGCAAGCACUUUUAAGCCACUUUUGGCGUUUAACUAUAAGUAAACAAAAUCUUAAACCAGAAGAAAAUACCAUUUUCAGGUUACCAAUAGAUUGUAGGACAAGAAUGUGUCCAAAGUUAGCAGAGAAUUAUUUUGGUAACGCGAUCGGAGUGUAUGGAGAUGUAAUCAUGAAAGUAGGGGAAUUGAUUAAGGAAGGUGGUAUUGGUAAGGCUGCUAUGGAAAUGAACAAGAUGAUUUCUAAGGAAUCUCAUCAUGAGAAGGUAAUGAAUAACUACGAGUCUUGGUUGAAAACACCGAUUAUAGGAGAGGCAGGUAUGUUAAGAAGUAGUAAUGUGUAUUUAGUAAGUAAUUCCCCAAGAUUUGAUUUUUAUGGUAAUGACUUUGGUUGGGGUAAGCCAAUUGCAGUUAGGAAUGGGGUUGGACUUCAAAAAAAUAUCGGUAAAGUUACUAUAUUUUGUGGGGCGGAAGAAGGUAGUAUUGAUAUUCAAGUUUGUCUUCCUUAUGAUAUUUUGGAGGCUAUUGGAAAUUUUCAUAUGUCCAUGAAAAACUAGUUGAUAUA